AUGACAGACUCUACCAUUCUGAUCACGGCUGGUCCGUACCAAUUCCUCGCGAAGCUCGAGUCUGCUGCCCCUAAGACUGUCAAAUUGUUCCGCUCUCUCCUCCCAUACCGCCAGAAGCUCAUUCAUGUUCGAUGGAGCGGCGAGGGUAUGUGGAUUCCAUUGGGGGAGGCCAACUUCAACCUCCCCUUCGAAAAUCACACGGCGCAUCCUGCGCCUGGUCAGAUUCUUUUAUACCCCGGAGGUAUCUCGGAGACGGAAUUUCUUUUCUGUUAUGGGGGAGUUGCCUUUGCAAGCAAGAUGGGAGCCCUUGCUGCGAAUCACUUCUUAACUAUCACUGAAGGGUCUGAAAACUUGCAUGCGCUUGGUAAGCUGACACUGUGGAAAGGAGCACAAGAUGUGUUAUUUGAGCUGGCGGAUGAGGAUAAAAUUCGCCAAUUCAAGGCAGCUCGAGCUGCUAAACUUUAG